CUCAGCGCAGUUGUGGAGUAUCUUGCAGUUGUCACCUGUUGGCAGACAAGAUUGCCACCUAGCGGAGAAAAGAGAAGAAAAAAGAAUGUUGAAGAGUUUGCUGACCAGUGAAUCCCAAGACCCUGACAUGCAUGUAGGAGUAACUGUAGUCAAAACAGGACAUGAAGUCAGUUACAGCACAACAAAAAAUACAAAGUGGGGAGUGAGACGAUUCAGAGAGUGGGCCUCAGUGUAUAAUGAUGAGAUCACAUGCCCAGAUCUGGCCACGAUAGAACCAGCACAAUUAAAUAUCCUGCUGAAAACUUUUUGGGAAAAUGUCACAGGAAAAGAUGACCAAGAUUUGAACCCAUCAACUUUGAUCAGCAUAAGGGCUGCUUUGUCUCGUCACCUCCAUGAUCUGAAGAGGAAUAUUGACAUAAUCAGAGAUGUCGAUUUUGUGUCAUCCAAUGCUGCAUUCACCGCUAGAUGUAAACAGUAUUACAUCAGAGUUGGACAUGAAAAGUUGAAACAGAAGAGGCCUAUUGGGAGGACUGAUUUGGCCACACUGGCAGCCUAUUUCAGGGAUUUGUCAACUCCAAAACGUCUGCAGCAAUAUGUGUGGUUUAACAUAUGUUACUUUUUUGGCAGCAAAGCUCGAGAGGAAUUCAGAGCCAUGACAAAAAAUACAUUUAUUGUGUGCCGAGAUGACCAAGGUUUGAAAUAUGUAGCUUGCUGUAAGAUGGAGGAGAAACAACCCCAUAAAGGGGAAUCCUCUUCACAGGACCAGGCCUACCCUUUAUUGAGGAUGUACUCCACUGGUGGAGCUAUGGACCCUGUGGAAGCUUUUGAGACCUAUGUCUCCAGACUGAGUGCUGGUUGUGAUAGCCUGUGGCAGGUGCCAAAGAUCAGGCAGCAUGAGCUAGUUGCUGCGCGACCAUGGUACAAAAUGGAAAGCAUUGGGAAGAACGUUCUUUCUGCAAUGAUGACAAGGUUAUCUGAAGAUGCUGGUCUUGAUGAAAUAUAUACCACUCAAUGUGUACAUGCCACAGCCAUAGCAACCCUCUACAAAAAUGGAAUUGAGACUGAUACCAUUCGCUCGAUGUCUCAGCUCAAAAAUGAGAGCAGUGCUGAGCGAAUUGUUGAAAGUUCUGCUGAAGAUCUGGGUAGAGAGUGUAGCAGAAUUCUGUCUGCAUCUCUAGCAGGGACAGAAAAAGGUAUACGAGAUCCACAUACGUCCUCAGGCUCCCUCUCUCAGGCAUCAGCAGACCAUCUCCCUGACCAACUGAACAAUGCUGCUCUGGCUCUUGGACAUGUUUCCAAUUAUCAGUCAUUUCUUCAGGAGAAUGAUCAUUCCAUGUCUGAGGAUGAUUUUCCGGAGGAGGCCUUUGAUAAUGACUCUUUUAUUGAAGAAGAUCCCCAAAAUGAUGGUGUAUCUUCUUCGUUUAUUGAAUGGCUGCAUGUGCAAGGCUUUACAGAGUCUACAGUCCAUACCCUAUUAGACAGCGGUUUUAAGACAAAAGAAUCUCUAAAUCUUUUGGAUGAAGAAUCUUUCAAAGAGCUUGGCAUCUCCCUCCAACAAAGGCUUUUGCUGAAAAGUACAAUCCAAAAGACUGUAUCACAAUAUAAGUCAUACAACAAGUUGCCCUCAAGCGGUAAUGAUGUUGUCAGUACGAGGACUACUGAGGAAAUGGAGGUGGUGUCAUCAACACUACAGGGAACCAAUGGUGUUGUCACCACAGGGGAAAUUGUCUCUUUGAACACAGACCCUGGGCCGUACAAACAGCAUGCUCUGCAAGUAUUUCAGACACUUCUGAAAAUGAUACCUGACAGCAGAGAGGGAUGUACUUCAAAGUCUCAAGAGAGCACUGUUGAUUUGAUGCACAGCAUGAGGAGGUGGAAGGCUCUAAAAGAUCAGUUAGCUCUGCACGGUCCAGAUUCUGAUGCUGCUCUGGCAGAGAAGCUGCUUGACUGUUGGAGAGAGAACCAUGCUGAUGUUGGCAAAGAAGGCCAGGCUCCUGUAGAGUUGCCCCAUUCACAGCACUUUACAUCUGGCACAGGCUUAAAGUCCCAGGAAAACGGCACAAAAUGUAUCUCUCCGGAGAAUCCCGAUUUUGAACCACAAAGCAGUAGCAAUGUAGAUGAACAAGCAAGGGUCACAUCACUGAAUAAGGGAACUGACAAACAAAAGGAUGACUUGGGAAGAUGUGUGAGCAAAGCGGAAGUGGGCAAUUCAAUGGAUCAAGAGCCAUCAACUCUUGUCAAAGGACAGGGGGAUUUAUGCAAUAUAAUUAUCAAGCCAGACCCGGAUGGAGACCAGAUUGUAAUAAACCACCAGCUUAUUAGAAUGCCAUUUCCAAACCUGCAAACCUGUGAUAGCAUGGUGUCUGCUACAAAUAGUAAUAGUGUAAAGACAGAUGGCACUAGUUGUUUGAAAGAGGAUACCAAUGCUCAGGGUGAUGGAAAAGAUAAGAAGUUCCGAGUGGAUGUUGUUCAAGGUGCUUCUGAUCCACAACCUGUGUUUUUAAUCAAGAACGUUCACUCUCUUGCGACUUCCACACCAGGUUCUAUUGCAGAGAAGAGCACAGAAAAAUCCAAAGUCACCAUCAAAAAUUCUUGCAAAUGCCGGUAUUGUGUCCAGGUAUUCAGUGGAGAGGAGGAUUGUCAAAUCCAUGAGAGAACUCUCUGUGACAAAAAUCCUGAAAGGAUGAAAAGUGACAGAAAAGCAGGACAGAAUAUCACUCGGAGUAAUGAAAAGUUAUUAAGUUGUCGAUACUGCUUUAAGCAGUUUAGAGAUCAAGCAAUCCUGAAAUCACACGAAAAAAUUCACACAACCAGUUGCAAGACCUACAGGUGCCAGUACUGCCCUAAAACAUUUACUACAAAGACCAGUUGUAUUCUUCAUGAGUUGAUACAUCCAGAAGCACCCAGAAAAUAUUAUGCUUGCCGUUUUUGUCAGAAAAAGUUUGUUAAUAGACUUAGUUGUAGAAAACACGAAAGACACCAUUCCCCAGCCACUGUCCAUCUGUGUCAAUACUGCAACAAAUCUUUUCAUAAGAAAGAGGCUUACCUUCGCCAUGAGAGAACUCAUACGGAGGAGCAUCCAUACAAGUGCACAUUUUGUGAUGAGAGAUUUGCCAAGAAGUUUCUUUGUACAAGACACGAGAGCAUUCAUAAGAGUUUUCAGUGCAAAUUUUGCUCAAGGACUUUUCCAACUGUUUACACAUAUUCUGCGCACAUGAAAAAACACAAGGUCUCCAAGCAACACCACCAGUCGGAAAAUCCUGUAUCCAUACAGAGCGAGCAGAGCCCCAGCAUGGACCAGGAGUCGAUGAUUUUUACACACAAUCACUUAGAUGAACAUUUCAAAUGCCAGUUCUGUGGUUUUAUUUUCUACAGCAAGGAAAAACACGAAUUACACGAGCUAGUAGUCCACAGAGGCAAAGAGCCAUUUAAAUGUCAGUUUUGUGACAAGAUGUUUGCACAGAGGGAAAGCUAUUUAGAGCAUGAAAUAAUACACACAGGUGUUCAACCUUACAAAUGUCGUUUCUGUGCAAGGGCAUUUGGCGAUGAACAAGACUGUAUCUUACAUGAGCGAAUACACCGUGUUGACAAGCCGUUUAAAUGCAAGUACUGUGGAAAAUCCUUUGUAGUGGAGGAACUGUGCACUAGACACGAGGCAACACACCUGGCCAGCAAACAUUACAAAUGUCGGUACUGUAAUCUAUUAUUCACAGGAAAACAGUUCUGUCUCUCCCAUGAGAGGUCUCACACAGGAUUAAACCGUGUUGUUCACACCUGUCUGUACUGUGACAAAACUUUCUCUGAUAAAAAAGCUUGCAGAGCUCAUCAGAGAACGCACGAAACGUGGUGAUGAAAGAAUCUUUUGUGAAACGAUCUCAAAAGGUAUUAAGAAUUUUCUGAAAUGUGGCAGUGAAUUACUCUGCUCACAUUGUUAUUUACUCCUAAUUUUUCUUUUCUUUUCUUUUAUGUUAACUCUUUUCUCUGUGAGAAAAUUUAGACAUACAAAAGUUAUGUGGACAUGUGCUGUAUUGUCAACAUUAUAAAUUCCAGUUCACUUACGUAAUUUCAAAGAGACAAAAGUGUCAUUGGAGCUUUAGUCUCAAAGUAUCUUUAUUUUAGUUGUAUUAACUUAAAUAUGCUGAAGUUGUAAUUUAAAACUUUUUUCUUUAGUUUCUUUUCAAGCUUAUAAGAUUCCAUACUAAGUAAACUCUGAGUUCUUCUUCAGACGCUACACAAUUUAGGCUGCGUUCACAUGAAAAAUCUAUUUUCUAAAAAUCUGUUUGUGGUAUCUUGUG